UAAGUAUUUAAGUGUAAUAAGAUAAUAUAUUGUGGUUGGUGUUGGAGUCAAAACGAUGGAGGAAAGAAAUAAUGCCGUGCUUAUUGCCUCCCAUCCCAAUAUACAGCCGGGUUCGAUGUCCGUGGAUGCCACCCACAAGCUAGCAAUGUUGGCAUCCCGUCGUUACCUCACUUUGAUCGACCUUACGGAACCGAACCGAGUGAUUGAAAGAGUUAAUCUCCGUAAUAAAUGGGAUGUUAGUCACGUCUUGUGGAAUCCAACGACAGCAAACCAGAAAUAUUUUCUUACUACAUACAACCAGUGGACCGACCUGUGGCAAUAUGAGGAAAAUUCUUGCAAGAAAUUGGCAACACUGCAAGGUCACAUGAGGUCAAUCAGUGAUGCCGACUGGUCGUUUACUGAGCCCAAUAUAUUGGCAACAUGCUCGUUGGAUGGUUAUAUAUACGUGUGGGAUAUGAGAGAAACUAAACGAUGUAAACUUUGCACUUCAAGUGUGGUUGGUGCAAGUCAAGUAAAAUGGAACCGAUUGAAUCCAUAUUGUUUCGCUUCUUCCCAUGAUGGGAAUAUUCGAAUAUGGGAUUCCAGGAACUGUAAAAUAGCGGUCCAGCACAUCACUGCCCACCUCUCUAAGAUCUAUUCCCUGGAUUGGAGCAGAUCAGAGGAGCACAUGCUGUCUUCCUCGAGCCAAGAUUCCAACAUUCGCUUCUGGAACACAAGAGAGGAACCCCGGUCACCAGAGGAAACUAUCAACGUGGGGAAACCGGUGUGGAAAGCAAAAUACACGCCAUUUGGAAACGGAAUCCUUUCAACAGGGAUUGUUAAUUUCCGCGAGACUCCGAUUUCUUUGUGGAGUUUAGAGGAAACAAGUCAGCCUGUCAUCACUUAUACAGGGCACACUGAUGUUGUGUUGCAUGCUCACUGGAGGAAAUGCAAUGAAGUUCAAAAUGACCAGAAUUGGCAGCUAGUCACAUGGUCUAAAGACCAAACGCUUCGACUGUGGCCCAUGACGUCAGCAGAUUUGCUUGAGAAGAAUUAUGAUGAGUCACGAUUGUCAUCCAACCCCCUUGUAUACAACUUACCUUCUACCACUUUACCAAAUUUAGAUGUUGAACCAACUGAUCCUGCAUCCUCUGCAUCCGGGAGUAGUGUCCAGAGCAAAGAGGAGGACCUGCAUGAUGCAUCGGGAUUCACUCCACCGACCAUGAAUAUGAUAAAAAGAACAAAAACCAACUCCAUCGAUUUAACUUCUUCCCACAACUUAGAGCAAGAGUUUAAAAUGUUGAACAGCCAACUUCCUAACUUGAGAAUGAAACAUUUAGACAUUCAAGGUCGCAAGAGUUUGUUGUCGUUACGCACCACGACCCACUACACUGACAUACACAUCAUGUUUCCUGAUGCUUACCCUAAUAAUGAAGCUCCUAUAUUUAAUAUAAAGCAGUCCAACAUGGAACAACAUGAGAUUCUAAAUGUUACAUCGAAUCUGCAAGAAACAGCUCAAACUUAUGUAAAAACCGGUCGAAACUGCUUAGAACCGUGCAUGCGACAAUUAAUUGCACAGAUGAGUAGAAUGUCGUAUAUGUCAGAUUGUGAUGCAGAAGAAUUAGGCAUCAACUUUCCGAGUCCAUUCCCUUCACGAUCGAGGCAAUACAGUUUGUUCAACGACCUCAAAAAUGUUCCUUUUCCUCGUACAACUGGUGCUAGGUUUAAUCAGUCAGGAUUACUUGUUGUUUUUAUGCGGCCAACUUACGUGAAAGGUUACCAAUCCAUGAACGAGAAAACUCCAAGAUCCUUCAUGGGUUUAUUUCACCAUCGUAACUCAGCUCCUGUGUUAUCGGUUACGGGGUUUCCCCGUCAUAUACCUUCAUCAUUAAGUCACAUGACACCCAGGUUAAACCCUGCUCCAUGGCCGGAUCUUUCUGUUAGCUCAUAUUAUUACAAAGAAAAAAGGCCAUGUCGAAAGUCCCUUAAGUUUUUGUACAACCCGAGCGUGGGAUCAUCACCAAAGGAAUCAUCCAUACCCACCACAAAUGAUAUAAAACACACACGUAUGCAGCAAGUAGCUGGCAUGGUAUCCAUAGUUAACGUGACAAGUAUAUUGCCCAUCAGCAAAACUUUAGCAAUGAAAUAUGUAAUACCCCACAACAGCUAUGCAGAAGCAUGCAGGGUAAACAUGAAGAAUGCUUCAUCUGAAAGUAUGCAGGAUUUGGUUCAGUUAUGGUCCUACCUCUCAGUACUACCAAGUCCUACCAGAUUACCUCCUACUUCAGAUAAAUUUAAUGAGUUUUCUAAACCUUCAUUUGCUGAGCAUCCUACUGGAGCAAAACUGCUGCUAAGAGUGUUCAAGCAUUAUGAGAAGUUAUUUGACGUACAAACACUAGCAAUGCUUGCGUGUACCUUUGUCCCAGAUACUGAGGAACAUACAACAAAACAAGCCUCCCCACGGAAACAACUGAAGCCUUCUUCCUCUUACAGCUCAUUUGAUGUAUUUGAUACCGGUGGCCAUCUGCACAAAAGUGCGAGCGAAACAAAGUUUUCUGAUUUACCUUCAUUUAUUAAAUCAAUUGCUCGAUCACCCCCUACAUCAGAAACUUUUCUUAAAUCAAGCAUUGGUAGAAGUCGUGAAGAAUCACCAGUUGAUGAUUACAGGUUCGUGGAGCAACCACUGCUUGACAUUGCACCUUCUGUUCAUGAGCAUUGGAUGGUUAAUUCAAGACUGUUGCUACCUGAAGUACAAGCCCGUUGUAACGAUUACAUAUCAAGAUAUGCAGACCUCUUGCACUCUUGGAAGAUGGAUUCAAAACGUGCAGAGACUUGUAAAUAUAUUCGUAAAAUUCAAGCUGUACCUCCUGAUACAAAGACAACAACGCAUAACAAAAUUAAGAAACAGAAAAAAACGUGUGUGAUUUGUAAGCUUCCUCUUACCAAAACGGCGGUGCAAUGCAUAAAGUGUGGGCAUGGGUCGCACCAACAUCAUCUAAAAACUUGGUUUGAAUCUCGAAGCACUUGCCCGAUAUGUGACUGUGAUUGUUUCGAUAAUAUUUAUUAGUUUCAUUUUCUGACCUAUUUCUUUGUUCUUUUAUCUUUUCUCAUCACGGAAAAAAACACUGAAGAGAUAUCAAAUCAAUCCAUUUUUCUUAAAUUUUUAGUAAACCUGUAAUUGACGCAAUCUACCUGUUAUGUCGAGACUGCGAAAAUAUUUUAAUAUUUUAUUACAACAUUAUGAAAAUGAA